AUGUAAAUUAAAUAAAAUGUAAUCCAAAGUUUGAUUAGCUAAAAUAGUGCAAUAGAAAACUUAGUAUAAAGAGAAGGUUUGCAAUUGAUAGGUAGAAGUCGAUUUAAUUUAGGUGAUUAAUCAUAUGGAAAGCUAAACGAUACAGAAUAUAAUAAGAAGAAAACGCAAAUCACUUUAUUGAAAGAUUAAUAAUACAUUGAUGCAGAAUAGUUAAAAAGGUUGGAAGAACACAACGAAGAUUAAUCGAAUUAGCAAUAGAAGUGGGUUAUUUUGUUGCUGUUUAAAAUUAUCAGACCAGAAGAGCCCAAAAAGAUUAUAUGGGAUUUGAUUGGAAUGUCAUUUAUAUUUAUUCAAAUGAUAACAAUCCCACUAAUUUUGACUUUUAGUUUUGAAAUAACUGGUGGUUUCGCAAUCUUUAAUGACAUAAUGGACUACUAUUUCUUGAUUGACAUUUUAAUGUAAUUUUAAACUGGUUAUUAUGAAGGGUAUUAAAGAGUAAAUAUAUUUGUAGGGAGAAAGCAGAUUGCAUUAAAUUACUUAAAAUUAUGGUUUUGGUUAGACUUAAUAUCAUCUUUCCCAUAUGAUGAUGUACUUUCAUUAUUUAUAGACGAAUCAAAUUCAUAGUCGUUGAAACGGAAUACUCAGAUCAUAAAGAUCAUGAGGAUUGUUAGAUUCAUUAAGGUGAUUAGAUUGAUGAGAGCUUUGAAAUUGAAGAAAAUCAUAAAUUAAAUAGAGGAUACCUUAUUCUAGGAUAAAACGAUCAUAUCAAUUAUAUCUUUCUUUAAGAUUUGCCUGAUAAUUUUGAGUUUAUCUCAUUGGUUGGCUUGUAUAUGGAAUGCCAUCAGGUUUAUUGAAGAGACGGAUAAUAAUUGGUAUACUCAAUACGUGAUUAAUUUUAAUCAAGAGAAAGAUAAUGAUCCAGACUUUUGGUUUAAUUAGUAUGUGGCUGGAAUAUAUUUUAGCAUAACUACAAUGAUUACUAUUGGAUAUGGGGACAUUUCGCCUAAGAAUACAGUAGAAAGAUCAUUUGGGAUUUUUGUUAUGAUUUUGGCUUCAGGUGUGUUUGGUUAUGUUAUGAAUUCGAUUGUAUUAUUGUUUUAGAAUAUGAAUGAAUCAUUGGAGGAUCUAUUAAAUAAGAAUACUGCUGCCAUUAAAUAUAUGAAAUAAAAGGAAGUGAAUAAGAAAUUACAAUCAAGAAUUAAGAAUUACUUGGAGUGGUUAAUAGAAGAUGAACAAUUACAAAAGAGUUAUGCUCAUGACACACUUGAGAAGCUGUCAUUGCCAUUAAAAAAUCAAUUAACUCAAAUUGUACAUGGUAAGAUGAUGAAUUAAAUCAAAUUUUUGAGUAAGAAUUUUUCAUCUUUAUUAUUAAAGAAGUUGGCAUUCACAUUUCAAGAAGAAAUUUAUAAUCCAGAAGAUUGGAUUAUCAAUUAGAAUGACCCAAUUAACGAUUAGACAUCUAUAUUCUUUAUUUUGAAUGGGAGAGUAUCUGUGUGUUUUCCAAAGUCUAAGGGAAUCAAUGAAUUAGUGGAGUUGAGUAAGAAAUAGUAUUUUGGAGAGAUAUCAUUUUUUGGGAAUGUCCCUAGAUGUGCUUCUGUGAAAGCUAGAAAUUUCAUCAAUUUAUUUAGAUUAUCUAGAAAAUCAUUUUUGGAGCAAUGUGAAAUAGAAGAUAUUGAGAAAUUCUUUUAAUUGAAAUUCAAAAUAGAGUUUGAGUAAGAUUAUGAAGAUUUGAAUUUAUUUUGUUAUGUAUGUUAAGCUCCUAAUCAUACAGCCAAGCAUUGUCCCAAUGUACAUUAUGUUAUAAAUAAAUAUGAUAGAAUCACUAUCAUAGAGAAAUAUAAUGAAGAAAUUAAGUUAUUUAUUAAUGAAAGAAGGAGGCAGAGAAAGAAAUGUAAUACUUUGAAAAAUCUAAAUAAUAAAAGAAAUUAAUAAGUAAUCUAAUAAAUCACUGAAGAAGCAUUUAAUCUUGAAAAGUAUAUCAAUUUUCAUUAGACUAAACCAAGUGUAUUGAGAAUUAAAGAUUCAUUUAGAACUGAUUCAAUCAAAGAAUACACCAAUUUUACACCCAUGUCUAAUCUAAAUUCUAUAGCAAGACUCUAAAAUUAUAAUGCUGAAUUGUAUGCAGAGAAUGUUAGACAAUAGAAAGAAAUUUAAAAGAAAAACAAAUUGAAAAGCAAAUUUGUACAACUCUUUCAAAAUAAAAAGGAACAACGAUAAUCAUUAGGCAAUAAUUAAGCUGGCAAUAAAUUUUCAAAAUUAGUAAUGAAUCUAACAAAAUUAAAAAAAGCAUAAGAUCAACAAUAAUAACAUUCAGAAUAGGAGAGUAACCAAAUCUCCAUUACGAAAUUAUCCUCUCCUCCUACUGUUAAACCAAAAUUGUUAAGAGCUCCCACUAUGGUAUCAAGAAAAUUGAAUGAAGGAAAGAAUACAAGAUUACAAAGAUUACCCAGGAAAACAUAUUUAGGAUAGAUUUGUGGAUUAGAAAAAUAUAAUUAUUAAUUCAUGGAUGAGGUAAUAGUAGAUUCCAAAGAAUGUUCAGCUUAACCUUUAAAAUAAUCGAGUGCCAUUAAAGUUAAAAAGAAGAAGACAAUAAUCAUAUAGAAAUCAACAGAAGCGACAAUAAUUGAUUCAUAUUAAUUUCCUGAUGUUAGUUUUCAUAAAUAGCUAAAAAGAAGUUAAUCUUCUGAUGAAUUAAAAUCAAAUUAUGAUUUAGAAAAAUACUCUAAAUUAUUUCUCGAAGAUAUGAUAUAUUUGGUGACUAACUAUAAAUUGUAAAAUUGCAAAUGA